AUGGCGAUUCCAAUGGCAACGGCCACACCAACAGACUCCGCGAGUAGAGUUUGGAGCAUGUCUUCUCUCAGAUCAGCUCUUCCCUCCGCCACAACUUGCCGGAUGCCUUCCUCUACUUCUCGCCGUCCGGUCACUAUUCGCCUCCCCGUCUCGUCUCCGUCACCGCUCCUUCUCCCAUCUUUCUCUGGCCUAUCUCCAGUCAAUCCUCUCAUCUCAACCGGACUUCCAGAUUGGAAAAGCUUCGAGAAUGGAUUCAAGAUCAUUGACGGUGGUGGUCGUGUAUACGCAAUGAGACACGGGAGAAGAGUCCCGAAGCUGAACAGACCACCGGACCAGCGGAAAGCUCUGCUCCGUGGACUCACGACGCAGCUCUUGAAGCAUGGGAGAAUCAAGACGACUCGAGCUAGAGCUAGUGCGAUGAGGAAGUUUGUUGAUAAGAUGAUUACUCUUGCUAAAGAUGGUUCUCUGCAUAAGCGAAGGCAAGCUCUUGGGUACAUCUACGAGAAGCAGAUUGUUCACGCAUUGUUUGCUGAGGUUCCGGAUAGGUACGGGGAGAGGAAUGGAGGGUACACGAGGAUCAUUAGGACUCUUCCGAGGAGAGUAAACUUAUCAAGGGAGUAUGAUGAAAGUAACCGAGGAAGAUCUACAUAUUACCCACUUGCUUCUCCUAUAAUGUCUUUCUUGUCUCACGUUUGAAACUCACACGGUUGCAAUUCUCCUCAAAGAAGCUGGAGACUAAGUCUGAACAUUAAGCUGCACAUCAAAUGUAUUAAGGAUAUACUUUGAGGAAACGGCUUGUGCGGUUGCGGAUAGGAUAUGAAUUAUCGGUGUUUUGGGGAUUGGAAACCGUCAAUGCCAAGAUCAAGGCAAUGAUAAAAUUGAGGAUGAAAAGAACGGUGAUGAUACAAGAAAACAGGCAACAAAAGGCACCGUUAGGGUUCACGCUUAAUCUUGGUCAUGACACAUGGCAGUAUUUUUUUUAUCUAUCAAGUAGAGAAGAAAUGCAGUUUGAACUGCCCAUAUAUAACAGUAAUCAGAAUAUGAUUUGCUUUCC